AUGCAACUUACUUGGAAAGAUAUCCCUACUGUUCCAGAGGCUAAUGACCUUUUGGACAUUGUCUUGAACAGAACUCAAAGAAAAACUCCAACUGUUAUUAGACCAGGUUUUAGUAUUAAUAGAAUUAGAGCUUUUUAUAUGAGAAAAGUUAAAUUUACUGCUGAAGGUUUUGAUGAAAAAUUAAAUGAUUUAAUUCAUGGUUUCCCAAAAAUUGAUGAUGUUCAUCCUUUCCAUAGAGAUUUAAUGGAUACUUUAUAUGAAAAAAAUCAUUAUAAAGUUUCUUUAGCUGCUGUUUCAAGAGCUAAAACAUUAAUUGAACAAGUUUCAAGAGAUUAUAUUAGAUUAUUAAAAUUUGGUCAAUCUUUAUUCCAAUGUAAACAAUUGAAAAGAGCUGCUUUAGGUAGAAUGGCUACAAUUUCUAAAAAAUUAAAAGAUCCUUUAAUUUAUUUAGAACAAGUUCGUCAACAUUUAGGUCGUUUACCUUCAAUUGAUCCAAAUACAAGAACUUUAUUAAUUUGUGGUUAUCCAAAUGUUGGUAAAUCUUCAUUUUUAAGAUGUAUCACUAAAGCUGAUGUUGAAGUUCAACCUUAUGCAUUCACAACUAAAUCUCUUUAUGUUGGUCAUUUUGAUUAUAAAUAUUUAAGAUUUCAAGCUAUUGAUACUCCAGGUAUUUUAGAUAGACCAACUGAAGAAAUGAAUAACAUUGAAAUGCAAUCCAUUUAUGCCAUUGCACAUUUAAGAUCUACAGUUUUAUAUUUUAUGGAUGUUUCAGAACAAUGUGGGUUUUCAAUUGAAGCUCAAGUUAAAUUAUUCCAUUCAAUUAAACCAUUAUUUGCAAAUAAAUCUGUCUUAGUUGUUAUCAAUAAGACUGAUAUUAUUAGACCAGAAGAUUUAGAUGAAGAAAGACAAGCUUUAUUACAAACUUUAACUGGUGUUCCAGGUGUUGAAAUUAUGACUACAUCAUGUCAAGAAGAAGAUAAUGUUUUCCAAGUUAGAAAUAAAGCAUGUGAAAAAUUAUUAACUUCAAGAAUUGAACAAAAAUUAAAAGGUCAAGCUCGUAUUAAUAAUGUUUUAAAUAAAAUUCAUGUUUCUAAACCAACUCCAAGAGAUGAUUUGAAAAGAGAAGCUUUUAUACCUGAAGGUGUUUCUAAAUUGGCCAAAUAUGAUGUUGAAGAUCCAAAUAGACGUAAAUUACAUCGUGAUAUUGAAGCUGAAAAUGGUGGUGCAGGUGUUUAUAACAUUAAUUUGAAAGAUGCUUAUCUAUUAGAAGAUGAUGAAUGGAAAAAUGAUAAAAUGCCAGAAUUAUUAGAUGGUAAAAAUGUUUAUGAUUUCCUUGAUCCAGAUAUUAGUGCUAAAUUACAAGCUUUAGAAGAAGAAGAAGAAAGAUUAGAAAAUGAAGGUUUUUAUGAAAGUGAUUCAGAAAUUGAAGAUGAUGAUGUUACUGAUAUUCAAGAAAAAGCUGCAUGGAUUAGAGAUAAACAACAAAAAAUGAUUAAUGCUGCAAGAAAUAGAAAAGCUUUGAAAAAUGGUGGUACUAUGCCUCGUUCUAAAUUAACAAAGAGUUAUAAUGAACUAGAAGAACAUUUACAAUCAUUAGGUCAUGAUACUACAAUAUUAAAUUCUAAAAAAUCAAAGAAAAUUUCAGAAAAUCCUUAUGUUGAAUCAGGUGCUGAUGUUAUAAUGAAUCAAGAUUCUGAACAUGUUACUAAAAAACAACCAGUUUAUAAAUCUGAUAGAUUAAAUGACGGUGUUGCAGAUGGUGCACUUAGAUCAAAAGCUGAUAGAAUGGCUAAAAUUCAAAGAAGAGAAAGAAAUAGACAAGCUAGACAAGGUGAAGCUGAUCGUCAUGCUACUGCUUCUUUACCAAAACAUUUAUUCAGUGGUAAGAGAGGUAUUGGUUCAAAUGAUCGUCGUUAA